UUUUGUAGUUAAUUGUAGCAAAUAAAUAUAUUGGAAGCCAAGCUGCGUACGCAGAGGAAGAGAGCCGCAAUUUUUUUUAUCGUUAAUGAUUUUUGAAAAAUCGUCUUUGCAGACAAACGGCAAACUUUCGCGUCGGAUCCGCCAGAAGAUCUUACUAGACAUGAUUGARAAAGGCGUUUCUAAUUCAAUAACUUUAAGGCCCAACGACGACGUGGAAAGGCCAAUCGACAGGAAAUGACGGCCAUACUUUAUUGACAGAAUAUUGUCACCUACAGUAACUGACGAAGAUAAUCAGCCGUUGUUUACUAGACGCUUUUCAUUAGCUGAAAAAAUUAAGCCACCAUCUAAUCAGAGUCUGACGUUCAAAGCUCUGACUGGACCAAAGAAAAUUAGCGGGAAAAAUUCGUGUACUGGGCUUUGAUUUACUGCCUUUGUGAUUGGAGAAUUCCUUAUUUAAGAUUGUGAAACUAAUAUAUAGUUUUCAUGAAUGGUUUGGAAAGCCAUGGGCCAUGGAGUGACUAAGCAUUCGAAGCCCACGAUGAAAGAUGGUUUACAAUUUCACGACCUUUCCCAACAGAAUUCAGAGGUUGUUCCUAAUAUGAUCGAGGAGUGUCAGGACCACACUCGAGAAAGAGAACAAAACAUUUUGUUACAAAUCAGAAAUGCUGUUUGUUGGCCAGAAAAGUUUGAUUCUAAACAUAUAGGAGAGUUAAAGGAUUUAAUACGACAGUUAUUCGAAACUGCAACUCGCGAAAUGACUGCCCUGGCGACAGAAAAGAAGUACUCUCAGGUAGAAGAAAUCGUACAAGCGAUAAUAAAGCUUGCUUCACAAUGGGGUGAAGAGUUUUUGGCCUCUCUGGAUCUUGACUCAUUUAUCAGAGAAGUGAUUACAAUUGAAGUGAAGGGAAUAGAAUAUACUAUUAACGUAGGGGAGUAUUUUAAGGCUCGACCAUUUUACUCGAGAGAUAAUCGUCUGGUAAUAUUUUAUUUUUUCCUUGUCAGCGAGUCAAUAUCAAAGAACAAGAUCAUGUCAUAUUAUCUCGAGUGUAGUAAUAUAAUUCAACGUUUUUUUGUGCUGGGAUUGAGCGUUUCUGGUUCACAUUUGAGGGUUUGUAGUUUUGAUCGUUGUUGCCCCAGCUAUUGGGUUGUCAGAGAAGCUGUACUACAAGACAUGAAGGUUAGAAUCAACGCAAGUUUACAUGUGAAACGAGAAACGACAAGUCAACAAGAUGAACGAGAACUAUAUGAGGACUUGCGUGAAGGGAUAAUAGUAUAAAGGAUGAAUUAAAGUCACAGACAAAAGAAAUAAUUCAAUAUAAGUGAAAAAUUGAUCUCAUUUCCUGCCAUUUUGUUUUCAAAAUAUUAUAAUUAUCGGGAAAAAGAAGUGAUUGAUUUGUCUGCUUCUAAACACAUCAACACUUUUGUAUUUCAUUUUCUAAAUUUGAUUCUGAAUUUAAUAAAUCAAAACAAAAAGACAAGUGGAAUGAAGUACAAAAAACUAGCUUUUU